UCGUCGUCGGGAAUCGGCGCUCAGAUUGCUGUCAAGUUGUUAUCCCUGGGCGCACACGUAGUCAUCACCGGAAGGGAUCAAAAUAAGAUCGAUUCUGUAAUCAAAAAGUGUGAAUCCCUGUCCAGAGGGCGAGCACUUGGAGUGGUGGCAGACAUUCAGGUUGAGAGUGAUGUCAAGAAUUUAGUGAAUAUUACUCUCAGAGAAUUUGGCGGAAUUCAUAUUCUGGUCAUAACGCGGGCCAUACACUCGAGUGUUCAGGUGGUGACCCAUUUGGUGGUCCCAUAUCUGGAGCAAAGUAAAGGCAAUAUCAUUAACAUUUCGAGUAUAGGUGCAGAACAACCGAUGCCGAAAGCGAUGGCUUAUAAUAUGGCUAAGAAUGCGCUCAAUAUGUUCACCAAAUGUUUGGCACUCGAGUUGGCACCCAAAGGGAUACGGGUUAAUAGUGUCAGAUAUAGUAAGACUACGCUAUAG